CUGUGGGGCUGUUAGCUGUCAGGCGCGGAGCUGCGGGCCAGCGGCUGCAUCCGACGUCUGCUCCUGGACCCCGCGCUCGGAUCCCAGCGCCCCAAUAUCCGUGAGGGCAGCGCGACCCGGCUCCUGGCCAGAGCGCCGAGGCGAAAAGGGACCCGUGGACACCUGGCCGCGCAGGCAAGAUGGGGAACAGGGAGAUGGAGGAGCUGAUCCCGCUGGUGAACCGUCUGCAGGACGCCUUCUCGGCGCUGGGACAGACCUGCCUGCUGGAGCUGCCGCAGAUCGCCGUGGUGGGCGGCCAGAGCGCCGGCAAGAGCUCGGUGCUGGAGAACUUCGUGGGCAGGGACUUUCUUCCUCGAGGAUCAGGCAUCGUGACAAGACGACCUCUUGUGCUGCAGCUUGUUACUUCUAAAGCAGAAUAUGCUGAAUUUUUGCAUUGCAAAGGAAAAAAGUUUACAGAUUUUGAUGAAGUUCGCCAUGAGAUUGAAGCAGAAACAGACCGAGUGACUGGAAUGAAUAAAGGCAUUUCUCCUAUACCCAUCAACCUACGAGUUUAUUCCCCCCAUGUGCUAAAUCUAACCCUUAUCGACCUACCUGGAAUAACUAAAGUUCCCGUGGGAGAUCAGCCACCAGAUAUUGAAUAUCAGAUCAGAGAAAUGAUUAUGCAAUUCAUCACAAGGGAAAACUGUCUGAUUUUGGCUGUGACCCCAGCCAACACCGAUCUUGCAAACUCAGAUGCACUGAAGCUCGCUAAAGAUGUUGAUCCUCAAGGUCUGAGGACCAUUGGAGUGAUCACCAAAUUGGAUCUUAUGGACGAAGGAACAGAUGCCAGGGAUGUUCUAGAGAACAAGUUGCUGCCUCUUCGCAGGGGUUAUGUAGGGGUAGUGAACAGGAGCCAGAAGGACAUAGAUGGGAAGAAGGACAUUAAAGCAGCCAUGCUGGCAGAAAGGAAGUUUUUCCUUUCUCACCCUGCCUACAGACACAUUGCUGAUCGCAUGGGCACCCCACACCUGCAGAAGGUCCUCAAUCAGCAACUCACCAACCACAUUCGAGAUACCCUGCCAAACUUCAGGAACAAACUGCAGGGGCAAUUGCUGUCCAUAGAACAUGAAGUGGAAGCCUACAAAAACUUCAAACCAGAAGACCCCACUAGGAAGACCAAAGCCCUUUUGCAGAUGGUUCAGCAAUUUGCUGUGGACUUUGAGAAGAGAAUUGAAGGGUCGGGAGAUCAAGUAGAUACCCUGGAGCUCUCAGGUGGUGCUAAAAUCAAUCGCAUUUUCCACGAGCGUUUUCCUUUUGAAAUAGUGAAGAUGGAGUUCAAUGAGAAAGAACUGCGAAGAGAAAUAAGCUAUGCAAUCAAAAACAUACAUGGUAUCAGGACAGGGUUGUUUACACCAGACAUGGCAUUUGAGGCAAUAGUCAAGAAACAGAUUGUAAAGCUGAAAGGACCUUCCUUGAAGAGCGUAGAUUUGGUCAUGCAAGAAUUAAUCAACACCGUGAAGAAGUGUACCAAAAAAUUGGCGAAUUUCCCCAGACUGUGCGAAGAAACAGAAAGGAUUGUUGCUAACCACAUUCGGGAGCGAGAAGGGAAGACAAAGGACCAGGUCCUGCUGCUGAUUGACAUUCAAGUAUCCUACAUCAACACCAACCACGAAGACUUCAUUGGCUUUGCAAAUGCUCAGCAGCGGAGCAGUCAGGUUCACAAGAAAACCACGAUUGGAAAUCAGGGAACCAAUCUUCCGCCUUCAAGGCAAAUUGUCAUUCGUAAGGGGUGGCUGACCAUCAGCAACAUUGGCAUCAUGAAAGGAGGUUCGAAGGGGUACUGGUUCGUCCUCACUGCAGAAAGCUUGUCCUGGUAUAAAGAUGAUGAGGAAAAAGAAAAGAAGUACAUGCUUCCCUUGGACAACCUCAAAGUUCGCGAUGUAGAAAAGAGCUUUAUGUCUAGCAAACACAUAUUUGCCCUCUUUAACACAGAGCAAAGGAAUGUAUACAAAGACUAUCGCUUCCUGGAGCUGGCAUGUGAUUCCCAGGAGGACGUGGACAGCUGGAAAGCGUCUCUACUAAGAGCCGGAGUCUAUCCUGAUAAAUCUUUGGCUGAAAAUGAUGAGAAUGGACAGACAGAAAACUUUUCCAUGGACCCACAAUUAGAGAGGCAAGUGGAGACCAUUCGCAAUCUUGUGGACUCCUACAUGUCUAUUAUCAACAAAUGCAUCCGAGAUUUAAUUCCCAAAACGAUAAUGCACCUUAUGAUCAAUAAUGUUAAAGACUUCAUAAACUCAGAGCUCCUAGCACAGCUCUAUUCUUCAGAGGACCAGAACACCCUGAUGGAGGAAUCUGCUGAGCAGGCUCAGCGCCGAGACGAGAUGCUCCGAAUGUACCAAGCCCUGAAAGAAGCCCUAGUAAUCAUCGGUGACAUCAACACAGCCACUGUGUCCACCCCGGCCCCACCUCCCGUGGAUGACUCCUGGAUUCAGCACUCUCGCAGGUCACCUCCUCCAAGCCCCACCACGCAGAGGAGGCCAACGCUCAGCGCUCCCCUCACAAGACCUGCUUCGGGCCGAGGACCAGCUCCCGCCAUUCCCUCUCCAGGCCCCCACUCGGGGGCUCCCCCGGUCCCCUUUCGUCCUGGACCCUUACCUCCUUUUCCCAACAGCAGUGACUCCUUCGGAGCCCCUCCGCAGGUCCCGUCCCGGCCUACGCGGGCCCCACCCAGUGUCCCCAGGUUUGGUGCCGUGAAGGAUGAAGCUGCUGAACCUUGAAGUUGGGGGCUAAGUGUGCAUGGAAAUUGAGGAGCCUGUGUGACUGGCGUGGCUCUGAGUCCCUACGGGCCUGUCCUGGACAAGUCCUGCUUACUCUCUGCUCACCAGGCCUCUAAAGUCUGACUCUUAGCAGCUGAGUGACACUCAAACAAACAAAUGGACUCACCUUGUGAUUUGUGAUGUCAGCCACAAGCUAUCUGCUUUCCUCACUGCCCCACUUUAAAGAAAAUAUUUUCUAAAAUUAUAACUAGAUAUCCUGAUAUUUCAGUGAACCAUAUUUUAGCAACUGGAAAGCCAAGCAAAAUUUUUUUUCCAAAAGUAUAAUUGCCAAGAAUAGAAACAACUUGGGGUUUUCUUUUAAGGCAUCUUGGGAGGCAACCACGUUACAAAACUUGUUAUUGAAAACCCCAAGUGUAAUUAAUAAUUUGUUGCAGGUUUACCAUGAGUUGUCAUGAUGCUUAAUGUACUUUAAUGAAAAUAGGAUUCUGGGCACAUGCUGUACAUGAAAAAAAUAAAGUCCAAUUUCAU